CGUGAACACACAAGAGCAAGAAGACAACAUGGCAGCUCCAUUUAAACAAUUUUCCGGAAUACUCAACAAAUUGCACCGAAUUAAACCGAUAUCGAACUACAAACACAAGGAUUUGUUACAUCUAAACAGUACACGACUGAAGUCCAGUUCAGUAGCAGCCGAUUUAAAAGUUGAAAACAGUGGUAAUGAUAGUGAAAGUUCACCUCGGAAAUUUGAAUCUGUUUCGAAACAUGUGGAAAAAGAUGAUGUGUUUAGCCGAUUAGAUCUUAGCUUUACAAGCGCCCAGGAAGCGUAUAAGAGCAAGACAACUUGGGAACUGAUCAGAGCCAUAGUCGUCUAUAAAUUAUGCAGCUAUGAGUUUAUUGUCAACAGAAAUCGAGAGUUGAUACGUCUUGCAAGGAGACUUCUGGGAAGACGGCUCUUCUGCCGCGUCAUGAAGGGCUCAUUCUACGGCCAUUUUGUGGCAGGAGAGGACCAAGAAAUGGUCAAGCCAUUGGUAGAACGCAACUUGAAGUUUGGUGUAAAAUCAAUCCUGGAUUAUAGUGUAGAAGAAGAUCUGAGUUCGGAGGAAGCAACAAAACAGGAAAUGGAUUCGUGUGUUCCUGCUGAAGGUCAAGCUGCAGACAUUACCGAAGGGCCCGAGAGUCGGUUCAAGCCACAUAAAGAGUUUGGAGAUCGUCGUCGAGGUGUCGUCAGUGCAAGGACGUAUUUCUAUGAAGAUGAGGCACAGUGUGACUACAACAUGCAAACCUUUAUGAGGUCUAUAGAUGCAGUCGCAGGUGCCACCAAUUGUACCGGUUUUUGUGCCGUCAAGUUGACUGCCCUGGGGAGGCCCCAAUUUCUUCUUCAAAUGUCUGAAGUUUUGAACCAAAUGAAGAGAUUUUUCAAAGUAAUGGCAGACGGCAAAGGCAGUGGGAAUGGAAACUCAAGUAUUGACUACGAAACUUUCAAACAAAAACUAAAUGACCUUGGAUUGAAAUUGUCGCGGGAUGAACGCAAGAAGUGGUUCACAAUUUUGGACGUUACUCAAGAUGGAGAGAUCGAUCUCUUGGAUUGGAACAAUCUAUUGGAGGUGAACAUGAACUUGGCCAAACUCCUCCAGCUCUCAGACUUUGGGGUGCAGUGUCUCACACCAGACGAGGAACAACAAAUGCACAAUAUGUUAAGAAGAGUUGACACUCUCGCACAGGUACAUUUCUUUUCUAUUACAAAAAAAUAAUAAUCAAACAAACCACAUGGUAGCACUGUUCCACAACUAGUUACUUU